AUGAGUUUGAAUAAUUAUUCAAAAUUGCUUCGUAAGUUGACAUUGGUGACCGUUAACGUAAAGGCGGGAAAAGCGACAUUUGCUGUCAAUACCGGCUUAAUAAAUUCAGUUUUAGAAAAAAGUAAACAUAGUUUUGGUAAUUUAUGUAAAAUUGCCCGUGUCGAAAUGUCUGGGGUACAAGUGGCUACAAAAACGGGCGAAAAAGUAACGAUAGAAAUCACAGUGGACAAAGCAAAAUUAAAUGGCACAGAAAAUGGUGUGUCGUUCGAUAGGGGGGAUGAAUUAUCAGUAAAAAAACACGAGGAAUAUCAAUAUUUAGAUCACAUUCGCCAUAUAUUAUCGAACGGUAACAAAAGAUGCGACCGCACCUGUGUCGGCACUUAUUCAAUUUUUGGGGCCCAAAUGAGAUACAGCCUUCGCGAUACCUUUCCACUAUUGACAACGAAAAGAGUAUUUUGGCGUGGGGUUCUCGAAGAAUUGCUGUGGUUCAUCAGGGGAAGCACAAACGCGUUUGAAUUAAGAGAUAAAAAUGUUCACAUUUGGGAUGCUAACAGUACUAGAGAAUUUUUGGAUUCGGUUGGGCUGAAAGAAAGAGAAGAAGGCGAUUUAGGCCCGAUUUAUGGGUUCCAAUGGAGGCACUUUGGAGCUCAAUAUAAAGGAAUGCAUGCAGAUUAUAAAAAUCAAGGAAUAGAUCAAUUGGCACAUGUUAUAAAUACGAUAAAGACGAGACCGACAGACAGAAGGAUACUAAUGUGUGCCUGGAAUCCUAUAGACAUCCCAGAGAUGGCUCUACCCCCUUGCCACUGCUUGGUCCAAUUUUUUGUAGCUGGUGAUGAAUUAUCCUGUCAAUUGUAUCAAAGGUCUGCCGAUAUGGGACUGGGGGUGCCGUUUAAUAUUGCCAGUUAUGCCUUGUUGACUUACAUGAUUGCACAUGUAACUGGCCUUAAGCCUGGCGAUUUUGUUCAUACAUUGGGAGACAGUCAUGUAUAUUUAAACCACGUAGACGUUCUAAGAGAGCAGCUCAAACGGGAACCAAGACCCUUCCCUAAAUUGGUUAUAAAAAGAAAAGUGGAUAAUAUCGAAGAUUUUACCGCCGACGAUUUUGAACUCGUUGGUUACAAUCCACAUCCAAAAUUAAGCAUGCCGAUGGCUUUGUAA